UUUCACAAUUAAUAAUUAAAAAAAAAAAAAUCAUUUUUCACAAAAAUGCUCCCCCCAUGUUUUUCUGCAAAUCCGUCAAUCUCUCUCUCUCUAAUUCUUUCUAUCUCCAAAAUAUGAUGUGCAUUUCUGCAAAUCUCUUCCGCCAUUAUUGAACCCUUGUCUUUCUCUUUCAUUGUCUCUGUAGAUUUAUAAAAAUAUAUAUAACAAUGGAUGGUAAUGAUGUUAAUAGUAAUGAUUGUGAUAUUAAUAGUGCUGGGGAAAAUUCAUCAAACGCUUUACAAAUUCAAGAGCAGCUACAGCAGGAGGACGAGCCUGUAUCUGUAGAUGAUGACCAGAGAGUCUAUUUAGUUCCAUUCAGAUGGUUGAAGGAGGCACAAGACUCUUCCUCAUCGGAAGUGAAGAGAGGAAUCUUUUAUGCCGUGUCAUCUACAACACCAUGUGGGGGAGCAAUGAAGAUAUUCAAUAGUAUAUUCAACUCAGACAUUGCAUUUAACUUGAGGAAAGAUGACGAUUCAUCCUUGAACAAUGGCACAAAUGGUGAAGUCGGGAUAACUGGUCGGGACUAUGCUUUGGUCCGCAGCGAAAUGUGGCUGUCUGUACUCAAGUGGCACAGUAAUUCCAAGAAUGCAACGAAGGACAGCAAAGGUUUUUUGGCUGCAGAAGAUAUGUCGGAUGUUUAUCCUCUGCAACUCAGGCUCUCUGUUUUGAGGGAAACCAACUCGUUGGCAGUAAAGAUAAGCAAAAAGGACAAUUCAGUUGAAUGCUUUAGGAGAGCCUGCAAGAUUUUUAAUGUUGACUCCGACUCGUUACGGCUUUGGGAUUUCUCUGGGCAGACAAGGCUGUUUUUCUUAAAUGACGAAAAUAAGUUCCUUAAAGAGUCCCAGAAGCAACCAGAGCAGGAUCUUCUCCUUGAAUUGCAAGUUUAUGGCUUGUCAGAUUCUGCUAGGAAUAGAGGAGCAAAAAGAGAUGGGAUGAUGCAACAUACUAAUGGUACUUCACAUUUGAUGAAUGGUAACACCAUCAAUGGCAGCUUUAGUCUCGUCCGAAGCAAUUCUUCAGUCUUAUUUGGAAGUUCUUGCGAAGCUGGAACCUUGGGACUGACUGGAUUACAAAACCUGGGGAAUACUUGUUUCAUGAACAGUGCUCUUCAGUGUCUAGUUCACACACCAAAGAUUGUGGACUACUUUCUUGGAGAUUACAAGAGAGAAAUAAACCCAGACAAUCCAUUGGGCAUGAAUGGUGAGAUUGCUUCAGCUUUUGGAGACUUGUUGAAGAAACUAUGGGCUCCUGGAGCAACUCCAGUCGCACCAAGAACAUUCAAAUUGAAGCUUGCUCAUUUUGCUCCUCAAUUCAGUGGUUUUAAUCAGCAUGAUUCUCAAGAGCUCCUAGCAUUUUUGUUGGAUGGACUCCAUGAAGAUUUGAAUCGUGUGAGGUGCAAACCAUAUGUUGAAGCUAAGGAUUCAGAUGGUCGACCAGAUGAAGAAGUAGCCGAUGAAUAUUGGAGGAAUCAUCUGGCUCGUAAUGACUCAAUUAUAGUUGAUGUCUGCCAAGGUCAAUAUAGAUCCACAUUAGUAUGCCCCGAUUGUAGAAAUGUGUCUGUUACUUUUGAUCCAUUCAUGUAUCUAUCAUUACCUCUGCCAUCAACAUCAACACGGACCAUGACUCUAACAGUGGUGAAAACUGAUGGCGGCACUCAGCCAUCCCCAUUUACUGUUAAUGUUCCCAAAAAUGGAAAACUUCAAGAUCUCCAUCAGGCUUUGAGCAAAGCAUGCUCAUUGGGGGUUGAUGAAGCCCUGUUGCUGGCUGAGAUAUACAACAGUCGCAUUAUACGUUUCCUCGAGGAGCCGACUGAUUCGUUAUCUUUGAUUAGAGAUAAUGAUCAACUAGUUGCGUAUAGGUUGCCGAAGCAUAUUGAGGAAGCUCCUCUGGUCGUGUUUAUGCACCAGCAGAUCGAAGAGCUACAUACGUACGGGAAAUCAACACCAAGUUGGAGGGCAUUUGGAAUUCCCCUUGUAGCACGUAAAAACAUUGUUAAUGGAUCUGAUAUCCGUGAAACAUAUUUGAAAUUACUAACUCCAUUCUUAACAUGCAAUGAAGAUUCAACUGCAAAUCGUUAUAGCACAGAGAACACUACAACCGAUUCUACUGAAAAUCGUGAUAGCACAGAGAACGCUGCAACUGAUUCUACUGAAAAUUGUGACAGCUCAGAGAACACUGCUACAGAAGUGAUGAUCAAAAAGGAAAACUCCACUAGUCCUAGUUGGUCCCCUGAGAAGGUUGAGGCAAAAGAGCUUUAUACUCAGUCUGAUACUGAAUUACAGUUUUAUUUGACGGAUGAAAAAGGAAUAGUCAGGGGCUCUAAGAUUGCAAUAGAAGAGCCUGUGAAGUCCACACCCAUGCCAGACCGAUUGAAUGUUCUUGUAUGUUGGUCAGGUAAAAUGGUUCAGCAGUACAAUGUACAGCCUCUUAGCUUGUUACCAGAAGUUUUCAAGUCUGGCUUCUUCACAAAAAGACCACAAGACUCUGUAUCUCUCUAUAAAUGCUUUGAAGCAUUCCUGAAGGAGGAACCUCUGGGACCAGAAGAUAUGUGGUACUGUCCGGUUUGUAAAAAGCAUUGCCAAGCCAGUAAAAAAUUAGAUCUUUGGAGACUGCCAAAAAUUUUAGUGAUUCAUUUGAAAAGAUUCUCAUACAACCGAUUUCUGAAGAACAAAUUGGAGGCAUUUGUUGACUUCCCCAUUCGUGACCUUGAUAUGUCCUCUUAUAUUGCCUGGAAGAAUGGACAAUCUUCACAUCGUUAUUUGCUUUACGCAAUUAGUAAUCAUUAUGGAAGUAUGGGAGGUGGUCACUACACUGCAUUUGUUCAUCAUGGUGGCAAUCAGUGGUAUGACUUUGACGACAGCCACGUGUCUCUCAUCAGUGAGGACAAGAUCAAAACUUCGGCCGCCUAUGUUUUAUUUUACAGGAGAGUCGAAGAUAUCUAACUUUUGAUGACAGCAACUGACUAUUGAAGGUUGAUUUGUCCAUUUAUCGGGUAGUCUCCGAAGAAUUGUAUCAAAGGGUAGGAUUCUUUUGUCUUGGGCGUCUUAUAGUUUGUAAUUGUCAAGACUGAAAGCCUUUUAGUAUAGCAGGAUGCCAAGGACUGUGUAACAUAUUACAAACUGAAAUUAGAAGUUCAUAUUAAGGUACAAAUUUUACUCAAA